AUGUUUCGGAUAAUCGACCCACCCCCCAAUUUCAGACACAGCACCAGCGAGUGGAUCUAUAAGAUGUUAUUUCUCUGGUCGAGAGAACCAACCCCAGAUCCAAGAGCCAGUCCAUGGUUUGCCUGGUUCGCGACGGCUGUUGUAUUGUGGCGUUGUCGACGUCGCAUUACCAAAGCGAUUUUGGCUAUUUCACCUUUGAGAUUGUUAAAGAGACGUGUUACUGGUCUAGCUAUCAAUCAGAAGACAAUUCUGAAACAAAAGAGACACAGCCUUGCUCAGCUACACAAGCAUAAAACUGUCGGCAUACGGCGAACGAAGCGAUUGUGCACCGGCGAUGGUCUGCAUGUGUCCGACAAUAUGUCCAUGAUACCACAGAUCCACUACAGAGUCACCAGGAGUGGUAGAAUUUACGGGAAAUACCCGAACAAAACCGCCAUCCCAAAUGGCAUUCAAGAAAGCCAUUGA